AUGGAGCACAUAACGGAGAAACUCCAUAGUCAGCUGGGUAGGGGGAAGGCACAGAGCUCGGGGACGAGCUUCCUGAGCAACCAGACGGCCGUGCUGGGAGGGAUGAGAGUGAUGAAGGUCGUAGCCGGGUACGAGCAUGCGUGCGCUCUGCUGAUGAACGAGAGCGUCGUGUGCUGGGGGAGCAACACGUACGGGGAGCUGGGGAUAGAGCAGGCAGUGGCUAGCCAUGCUCCGAGCAUGGCGCUUGUAGGGGACAAGCAGUAUGCGACGUGCACGACGAGCGAGUACUGCCUUCUUCCGAAGCUUGGGAACGGCACGUACUCGGUGAGCGGAGACUCGGUACUGGCGGGAACGACCGCGAGCUGUCUGUGGAACUUCGUCUUCCAAGGGAACCUGUCGUCGCCGUACGUGCACAUGGCGUGGUGA